AUGACAAAUAUUAACUGCACCUCAUAUGAUGAAACUUAUACUUCGUUUGAGUACUGCUUUUUGAAGUCUGUGAAUAGAACAUACAAGUAUGCAUCCUUACGAGCAAAACUGUACAGUGUGCCUGUUUACAAAUUUAAAUUGAAUUUCGCGAUUUAUCAACGGCUCAACGGAUAUAAACCAUUUCUCUAUAAUGUUACUGUUGAUGGAUGCAAGUUUUUAAAAAACCAAAAGUCGUCUCCAAUAGCUUCAUUUAUUUACAACCUUUUUGCUUCCUACUCUAAUUUGAAUCACACUUGCCCCUAUGAUCAUGACAUCAUGGUGGAAAAAGUGCCGUACUCUUUCGUGGAACAACAAUUGACGCAUAAUUUACCAUUUCCCAAAGGAGCCUAUGGAUUCUAUAGUGAUUGGUAUAAUGAAAAAAUAAAACGAGCAUCCGUAAAUGUGCAUUGUACACUAACCUAA